AUGUCAGAUUCGCCUAUUUCCAGUUCGAGCUCGAAAGACAAUAUCGACGCCCGUUCCGCUGUAGCUGAAGAGUAUGAGAUCUUGGAAAUAGAGUUCUACUUGUUCAAGGCAGGGUCUCAUGAGGAUGCAUUUACUCACGGGAACGAGGAGCAACGGGUACCUGGCCAGUGGUACUUUCACCGAGCACCUCGUCGUGCUGCAUUCGUCUCUUCAUCACGACCUGAUACUGCCAGUCAUUCUGCUGCAGGCGGUUAUAGAGGAGGCACACGAAAAGGCCUCGAUCUCACUCUAGGUUCACAGAUACCUCUAGGCCCUCCGCUAACGUCUCGAUUUUUCGAUAAGGCGGCACAAUCAUCUAGCAACUCAUCUAAAGAUAUUCGAGGUGGAGUGCUCCUCCGCUCGAUAAGGAGGUCAUCGGAUUCGCGUGUAAUCUCCGGCCCGUCGCUACUGGUGGACGAGCUCUUACAGAGAACCCAAUCAUCAAACAUAGCUGAAUUAGUGCAGACGAAGUGGUGUGGCAACAUCUCUGCCUUUCCCUUGUCUCCCUCUAGCAGUCCCACUGCAGUCCAGCAGGCAUUGAUUUACUUCAAAAAUAUGGAAUGCGAGGGCCCGAAUUUUUCAACCGAUGGUGUUCACAUUUUCAAAUCACCACGAAUCGGCCUCGAUCUCUCAAACCCAUCCACGCAGCUCGCCGUGACCGACGCUCGCAUCGCGUUCCUGUCGAGGCCGUACCGAUACUUCGUUCACCCUCAUCUCUUGACAUCCAAUGGUCGUGCACAGACAUUCCUCGGCAUAUACGAGCACUUGUCUGCGUCUGGGCAUUUCGACAAGAAUGAAAGAGGUCUGAUCGAAGAAAUCGGCCGAUUGAGCGGAAUGAAGACCGUCGCCCUGGUCAAAUAUUUGGAAAGUUACAGGGCCGGUUGUGCGUCGGACAAUCUGAAGCAAUUCGUAGGGCCCAGAGGCAAAGGGGCGUCCGCCUCUCCAGCCUCGUAUCUGCGAAUGAUGGGGUGUCUCCAUCGGUUUAUGCCGUCCGUCUGA